ACUUCAGCUUUCCUGGCGUCUCGCGAAUCAUGUCCACGCGCGGCGGCACGAGCGAGUUCUACUUUAACACGGUGCUGUCGCUCGCGAGAUCACUGGCCGCCCACCGACCAGCUCCCGUGGAGAAGGUGCAGAAAUUAUUAUGCAUGUGUCCAUGCGACAGUCGCGGCGUCUUCACUUUAGACGUCCGGCGCAUGGAUGCUGUGAUCGCUCUGGCCGUGUUCCUGGUCGAGUCAGAGUUGCAGCACAAGGACCUGGUGGUCAGUUACCUGUUGAAUCUGCUGAAGGGAUUACCCAGAGUUCAGUGGGUGGAGGAGAAUGAUGGAAGAAAGAAUAAAGAGACUCUUCCCAUGGCAGAAAACUUCAGCUUCUGUUUGGUGACUCUUCUGUCUGAUGUAGCGCAGAGAGACACUGAGUCUCGCUCACAGGUUCUGGAGGCUGUGAUGGGUGUUAUGAGGUCUUUCUUGGAGCUUUGUCAAACACCUGAAAACCAUGAUAAAGUGUACCUGUGCAGGUAUGCGGUGCCCUGUCUUCUGGGUGUGACUCGAGCCUUCGGUCGCUAUGGUAACGGCAGCGAGCCCCUCCUCUCGCAGCUGUUCCCGCGAGGAUCGACGCAGCCCAUUCAUCGCGUUGCCGUGGAAACCGAGGGCGUUCGGAGGAGAUCGUUCAACGACUUUCGCUCCAUCCUGCCCAGCUCUCUGCUCACGGCGUGUCAUGGAGAUGCACUGAGACGCAAGAGCGCCGCCACACAUCCGGACAUGCAGGUGAGCUCGGAGAGAGGCGGCCCAUCACCCUGCUCACCCACAGCACCAGGGCCGCAGUAUUUCGAAGGUUCAUAUCUGUCUGAUGGAGGUGCAGUGAAUCCAGAUUAUUAUUUCACCACAGUCAGUUCAAGCUUCUCCAUCUCUUCACUCUUCACUGGUGCCGGUGCUCAAGAGAUCAGCGUUCCUCUGGAGAUACUGAGAGAUCUUCUGGACAUGGUGAUGGAGUUUGUGUCGGAUUCAUUCCUGAAGUCUCUGGAUGCUGCCGUUGCCGACGUGAUGGAGGCCAAUCCAGGCAUCGAUCUCUUCUACAAAGCGUUCAGUGACCCGCUGUAUGUCAGCGUGUUUAAGAUGUUGAGGGAUAUGCUGUAUUAUGUCAAAGAUGUGCAGACGGGUUUUGUGACGGAGGUUCAUGACUUUGUGCUGGAGCAGUUCAGCAGCAGCCAAUCAGAGCUGCUGAGGGUUCUGCAUGAAGUGCGGUUGCCGGGGGAACCCAAUCCUCUCAAGCUCCGUUGUCACGCCAACGCCGCCUGUGUGGACCUCAUGGUGUGGGCUGUCAAAGAUGAGCAGGGAGCAGAGAACCUGUGUACCAAACUGUCAGAGAAACUUCAGUCCAAAACAUCCAGUAAAGUCAUCAUCGCUCACAUGCCUCUGCUCAUCUGCUGUCUGCAGGGUUUAGGGCGUCUGUGUGAGUGUUUUCCUGUGAUCGCUCACUCUGCCACGAUGUCUCUGAAAGAUUUUCUCGUGGUCCCGUCAGCGGUGCUGAUUAAACUCCAUAAAUAUCACAGUCAAUACAGCUCGGGAGGCGGGAUCAAAAUCAACGUGACCAAUGAGCAUUCUCAGUCCACUCUUAACCUGCUGUGUAACAGAAAAGAUCAGCCGUCCAUGUACGAGCAGCUCAGAGACGUCUCCAUCGACAACAUCUGCAGAUGUCUCAAAGCGGGCCUCACGAUGGAUCCUGUUAUAGUGGAAGCUUUCUUAGCCAGUCUGUCAAACCGUCUCUACAUCUCACAAGAAAACGACAAGGACGCCCAUCUGAUUCUGGACCACACCAUUCGAGCGCUGGGACACAUCGCCGUGGCGAUGAGAGACAGCCCUAAAGUGAUGGAGCCUAUUCUGCAGAUCUUACAGCAGAAGUUCUGUCAGCCUCCAUCACAGCUGGAUGUGCUCAUCAUAGAUCAGCUGGGCUGUAUGGUCAUCACCGGAAAUCAAUACAUUUAUCAGGAGGUUUGGAAUCUCUUUCAGCAGAUCAGCGUGAAAGCGAGUAAUGUGGUGUAUUCUGCUGCCAAAGACUACAGAGAUCAUGGAUACAGGCACUGUUCUUUAGCUGUGAUAAAUGCUCUGGCCAAUAUCGCAGCUAACCUGCAGGGGGAGCAGCUGGUGGACGAGCUGCUGGUCAAUCUGCUGGAACUGUUUGUUCAGCUCGGACUCGAGGGCAAGAGAGCGAGUGAGCGGGCCAGUGAUAAAGGAAAUGCCCUCAAGGCAUCCAGCAGUGCUGGCAAUCUAGGGGUUCUUAUUCCUGUAAUCGCUGUGUUAACCCGUCGAUUGCCUCCCAUCAAAGAAGCCAAACCACGUCUGCAGAAGCUCUUCAGAGAUUUCUGGCUGUAUUCUGUGGUCAUGGGGUUUGCUGUGGAAGGAUCCGGUAACCAAAUAAAACGGCACCAGUAUCUCUGCGAAAUGUGCGGACCUGCGUGUGUUGUGAGGAGUGUUUUUACUGUCUGCUUGUGUGUUUGUGUUGUAGGUCUGUGGCCGGAGGAAUGGUACGAGGGUGUUUGUGAAAUCGCCACUAAAUCUCCUCUGCUGACGUUUCCCAGCGGAGAGCCGCUCCGCUCAGAGCUCCAGUAUAACUCUGCACUGAAGAACGACACCGUUACACCCGCGGAGUUAAGUGAACUGCGCAGCACUAUCAUCAAUCUGUUGGAUCCGUCACCGGAGGCGGCUGCUCUCAUCAAUAAACUGGACUUUGCCAUGUGCACAUAUCUGCUGUCUGUCUACAGACUCGAGUACAUGAGGAUGUUGCACUCAAAUGAUGCCGACCGUUUCCAGGUGAUGUUCAGGUACUUUGAGGACAAAGCAAUCCAGAAAGACAAGUCAGGUAUGAUGCAGUGUGUGAUAUGUGUGGGUGAUAAAGUCUUUGAGGUUUUCCUGCAGAUGAUGGCUGAGAAGCCCAAGACUAAAGAGCACGAGGAGGAGCUUGAGCGACACGCACAGUUCCUAUUGGUCAACUUUAACCACACCCACAAAAGGAUCCGCAGGGUUGCAGACAAAUAUCUUUCUGGACUCGCUGAAACGUUUCCUCAUCUCUUGUGGAGUGGAAGAGUUUUGAAGAGCAUGUUGGAUAUCUUACAGACUCUGUCUCUCUCUCUCAGCGCUGACAUUCAUAAAGAUCAGCCGUACUACGACAUCCCCGACACUCCAUACAGAAUAACAGUACCAGACACACAUGAGGCCAGAGAGGGCAUUGUAAAAGACUUUGCCGCCCGCUGUGGAGAGAUCUUGAAAGAGGCCAUGAAAUGGGCUGCUUCGGUCACCAAGUCCCAUCUUCAGGAGUAUCUGAAUAAACAUCAGAACUGGAUGCCGGGUUUGUCACAGCACACCGGUCUGGCGAUGGCCACCGAAAGUAUUCUGAGUUUUGCAGGAUACAACCGUCAGAGCUCAACGCUCGGGGUGACCCAGCUGACCGAAAGACCCACCUGUGUGAAGAAAGAUUAUUCCAACUUCAUGGCAUCUAUGAACCUGAGGAACCGCUACACUGGAGAAGUGGCAGGGAUGCUGCAGUUCGCCCGGGCGACACACAGCGAGUCAAAUCUCAGUAAGCUGAUGGUGUGUCAGAUGUCUGAAGCUCUGAAGAAAAAAGAUUCGGAUGCUUUCACACAGAACAUGUUUAAAAUGACAGCGCUCCUCAUCAGCACUAAAGAGCUGGAUCUUCAGUUACUUCAUCAUCUGUGCUGGUCUCCUCUGAAGAUGUUUGUGGAGCAGGGCAUGGAGACGGCCAUCGCGUGCUGGGAGUGGCUGCUCGCCGCACACGCCGGGAUCGAAGUACAGUUUAUGCGUGAGAUGGCAGGAGCGUGGCAGAUGACUGUGGAGCUGAAGAUGGGUCUCUUCUCUGAGAUGGAACCGGAGGCGGAUCCUUUAGCAGCGUCAGAGGAGCGUCAGCCCGUCCCCCGGCCACCUGACGUCACCCCACAUUCUCUCUGGAUUGAGUUUUUAGUGCAGAGAUUUGAAAUCGCCAAGUACAGCAGUGCAGAUCAGGUGGAGAUCUUCAUGGGUCUGCUUCAGAGAGCUCUCUCCAUCAGUGUCGGUGGACCCAAGAGCGGUCUGAACCGUCAUGUAGCUGCUAUAGGACCCAGAUUCAGGCUCUUGACUCUGGCUCUUACUCUUCUGCAUGCUGAUGUUGUGACAAACGCCACCAUUCGUAAUGUCCUCAGAGAGAAAAUCUACUCCACAGCUUUUGAUUACUUCAGCGUGGCGCCGCGGUUCCCCACACAGCCAGACAAGCGUCUGCGUGAGGACAUCAGUAUUAUUAUAAAGUUUUACGCGUGUCUGCUGUCAGAUAAGAAAUAUCUCACUGCUUCACAACUUGUACCACCAGAUCCUCAGGAUGUGUCUGUGCACAGUCUGUCUGUGAUGGCGGUCAAUGACUCCAGGAGCAGUCUGGACGCGGCCGUGGGCUCCAGACAGACGGUCACACAGGGCUGGAUCAACACAUACCCGCUGUCCAGUGGAGUCUCCACUCUCUCCAAAAAAUCAGGUCUGUCGAAGAAGACAAACAGAGGAACACAGCUGCAUAAGUACUUCAUGAAGCGCAGAACACUGCUUCUGGCUCUGCUGGCGAGUGAGGUGGAGCGUUUGACCACAUGGUACAGUCCUCUGGGCAGUCAGGAGCUUCAGAUAUCCGCUGAGCAGUCUGUGGAGACCAGCAUCGCCAACUGGAGAUCCAAAUACAUCAGUCUGACCGAGAAACAGUGGAAAGACAACGUGAACCUGGCCUGGAGCAUCGCACCUUACCUCGCCCUACAACUGCCUGCCAGGUUCAAGAACACAGAAGCCAUUUUCUCAGAGGUGACACGUUUGGUUCGUCUCGAUCCAGGAGCGGUCAGCGAUAUUCCUGAAGCUGUGAAGUUCUUAGUGACGUGGCACACUAUAGAUGCCGAUUCUCCAGAGUUGAGUCAUAUCUUAUGCUGGGCUCCGGCCGACCCCCCCACAGGCCUGUCGUAUUUCUCCAGCAUGUAUCCACCGCACCCACUGACCGCACAAUACGCUGUUAAAGUCCUGCGCUCGUUCCCACCGGACGCUAUUCUCUUCUACAUUCCUCAGAUCGUUCAGGCUCUGCGCUAUGACAAGAUGGGAUAUGUGAGAGAAUACAUCUUGUGGGCGGCUCAGACGUCUCAGCUUCUCGCACAUCAGUUCAUCUGGAACAUGAAGACCAACAUCUUCACGGAUGAGGAGGGACAUCAUAAAGAUGCUGACAUUGGGGAUCUUCUGGAGCAGAUGGUUGAGGAGAUCAUCGGUUCUCUGUCCGGUCCGGCCAAAGAUUUCUACCAGCGAGAGUUUGACUUCUUCAAUAAGAUCACCAAUGUCUCAGCCAUUAUAAAACCCAUUCCUAAAGGAGACGCGCGCAGGAGAGCGUGUCUGAGAGCUCUGUCUGAUAUCAAAGUCCAGCCAGGCUGUUAUCUGCCCAGUAACCCGGAGGCCAUCGUCUUAGACAUUGACUAUAAAUCUGGGACACCAAUGCAGAGUGCCGCUAAAGCGCCGUAUCUGGCCAAAUUUAAGGUGAAACGCUGUGGAGUGAGUGAGCUGGAGAAAGAAGGUUUACUGUGUCGAACAGACUCACUGGAUGAAGCUGGCAGUGAUGAAGAAGCGCAGAAGAUCUGCUGGCAGGCGGCCAUCUUUAAAGUAGGAGACGACUGCAGACAGGACAUGUUGGCUCUACAGAUCAUUGGUUUGUUCAAGAACAUCUUUCAGCUGGUGGGGUUGGAUCUCUUCGUGUUUCCAUACAGGGUCGUUGCGACAGCACCAGGAUGUGGAGUUAUUGAAUGUAUUCCAGACUGUAAAUCCAGAGAUCAGCUCGGCCGACAGACAGAUUUCGGGAUGUACGAUUAUUUCCGCAACCAAUAUGGAGAUGAAUCCACACUGGCCUUCCAGAAGGCGAGGUAUAACUUCAUCAGGAGUAUGGCUGCGUACAGUCUGUUGCUCUUUCUGCUUCAGAUUAAAGACAGACACAAUGGCAACAUCAUGUUAGACCGACAGGGACAUCUCAUUCACAUCGAUUUCGGCUUCAUGUUUGAAAGUUCUCCAGGUGGGAAUCUGGGCUGGGAGCCGGACAUCAAACUGACGGAUGAGAUGGUCAUGAUCAUGGGAGGGAAGAUGGAGGCCACGCCCUUCAAAUGGUUCAUGGAGAUGUGUGUGCGCGGGUACCUGGCCGUCAGGCCGUAUAUGGAUGCUGUGGUUGCCUUGGUAACACUGAUGUUGGAUACAGGACUGCCCUGCUUCCGCGGUCAGACCAUCAAACUGCUAAAGCAGCGUUUUAAUCCUGGAGUGAGUGAGAAAGAAGCAGCAGCUUUUAUCAUCAAAGUCAUUCAGAACUGCUUUCUGAGUAGCAGGAGCAAAACAUAUGAUAUGAUCCAGUACUAUCAAAACCAGAUUCCAUACUGAAGACCAGACGACACCGUCUUUGUAUGUGUUUGUAUUUGUAUUCAUUUAUUAUAUCAGCAUUUGCUAACAUGUAAGAUGUGUAUUUUAUUCUCAGAAUUGUAGUCAUACCGCAAAACAAUUAAAACCGUUAUAAGAUGAAAAUGUCGAUACAGUAAAGAAGUGUAAAUGAAACUCUGCAGCAGUUUGUAAUAGAGAUUUCUGAAUAGAAUUAAACAGGACAUGACUGAAGAAUGAGUUUUAAUUUGUUUAAGCACAAGCUAAUGUGUCAUGACCUUGGUUGGACUACUUUAUUUUAUAAAGCUUAACAAAUUUCUCUGUGAACUAAUGUGGACAGAAGGAGAAAUCUUGAUUGAAUCAAGUUUUGAUUGAUUUUUGUUUAUUUGUUCAGAGAGAUAAUUUAGAAGUUGAAAUGUUUAAUAUUACUGUAUGUGACUGUUGAUUGUUGAUAAGAGUAACACAAUGUUUUUAAUCUGUGGGUUCAAUGACAUCUGACCAAUCAAAGCUGUUUUUUCUGCUUAUGUUUUAUGUUACUUGGUUGUGCUGUAGAACAAUUCUUUUUGAACGCUUGUUUGUAAUGUUAGUUUUGAAAUGCAUGUUCUGUAAAACUGAAUUUAUUAAAUGUCUACAAUAUUUCUCCA